ACUCGCAGGCGGGUGCCAAUGGAGGAGGCUACGCCAACGGCACCAACAACUACGCCGGCGGCGGCUACAACGGCUACACCGGCGGCGACGCUGGCUACAACGGCUACGCUGGAGGCGACUCUGGAUACAAUGGCCGUCCUAGCGGCGAACGCUCGCGGCGCCCGGGCGGAUAUGGGGGCAUGAAUGCUCCCCCCGACAACUAUGCGCCCCGGCCCAGCACCGAACGCGACCGGCCCCGGCGCCCUGGGGGAUAUGGCGGCCUGACCCAGGACGACGACAUUGAACGAAGGCCCAGCAGCGAUCGUGACCGAGACCGUGACCGCGACCGUGACCGCGACCGCAGGCCUGGUGGCUAUGGAGGCGGUGGCCUCUCUGCCCGCGACGGCAGCCCCCGCACCGUCGGACGCCCAACCAGUAUCGAGCGCUCUCCAGCAAAGCGUCGCAGCGGCGAGCGCCAGAACGGCAACAGGCCGCGCCAUGCAAACGGUCCCGGCAAUCAGGCCAUCGAAGAGGUCCUGCACUUCAUCCGCCAGAACUGGGACUUUAUGACAAAGGACCAGUGCGUGCCCAUCGAAGUCGCUCUGAAGCUCAUGGACUCGAGCUCCCUCGGCCUGGCAAGUCAAGCCGGCCAAUUCCAACAGGCUCAUGACGAGCUGCAGAAUGCCCUCAAGGGCAUCGUCAAUGAGCACCACCAGGGCUUCAACAGCUCGAUUGGUACCUUUCACCAGAUCCAGUCUAGUCUUCAGAGCUCCCAACACCGCGUCAGGACCCUCAAGGGCUCCCUCAUUUCGGCAAAGUCGCAGCUGUCCACGGCCAAACCAGAGCUCCGCGAGUUUGCUACGGCCUCCCAAAACUACGACGAGAUGUUGCAGAUGCUCGACACCAUUGAAAAACUGCAGCUCAUGCCCGAGCGACUGGAGACGCAAAUAUCAGAGAAGCGUUUCUUGACCGCCGUCGACAUUCUCCAAGAUGCGCUGCGCAUGAUACGAAAGACGGACAUGGAAAAAAUCGGCGCCUUGUCCGAUCUGCGUAUUUAUCUUAGCAACCAAGAAGUCUCUCUCACUGACAUCUUGAUUGAGGAGCUCCACAGCCAUCUCUACCUCAAAUCUCCCUACUGCGAAGAUAGGUGGAAGGAGUACGCCCAGAACCAAGUCAAUCGCGACGUGGCCCAGCGUGCACAGACAGAGGCCAGAGGCCGUCUGCUGUACUAUUUCCUCGACACAUUGGACACUUCCGAACCAAUGACCGAUGACUCUGCCCACAACCCAGAAUCAGACACUUUCCAGUACAUCAGGCUCGUUAUAGAGGCACUCGACAAGAUGAACCGUCUAGAAGUAGCAAUCGACACCAUUGAACAGAGGCUGCCUGUCGAGCUGUUCAAGGUGGUUGAAAAAUCCAACAAUGAAGUGGCCCAACGCCAUCCCAGCAUAUUACGUGCCUACACGGCCAAGAAGGGUGCCAAGUCCAAGACGGAGAUUGAAAGUGAGGACGUGCGCACAACACUGCUAAACGACUUGAUGUGGACCCUGUAUGCGCGAUUCGAGGCCAUUGCCGAGGGCCAUCGUGUUGUACAUGACGUCGUUGCGGGCAUCGUCCGACGUGACGGCCGUUCAUCGAGCACAACACUAACCCGUGGCUUCAAGGAGUUGUGGAAGCUCUACCAAAGCGAGAUACGCUCCCUUCUCCACGACUACCUGGCUACCGACGGCGAGGCCUCUUACAGAGGCGGCCAAAGUCAGGCGGCGACUGCUAGCGUAUUCUCCCGUGCGCCGCGCGAUCGGAAUAAGCGCAUGUUCAAGCUGACUGAUGUCGACACAAAGGCUUCUGAUCUUUCUAAAGAGCGAACCGAUCUGGAGCUCAUUCUCAAAACGUCUGUGCCGGGGCUUGUGUCAGACUUGAAGAGAUUCGAGAAUGUCCACACCAACAACACUACCAAUCUCGACGGUAGUGCCACUGGACACAAACUACUCGUGGAGCCGAGUGUUUUCAACAUGGGCAUCCUGCUUCCGCCUUCUCUCGACUUUCUUAAUAGGCUCAAGGAGGUCGUGCCAUCUAAUGCUGAUAUCAGUUUGAGUACACUAACCUCAUUCCUCGACGACUUCCUCGUCAAUGUUUUCCUUCCACAGCUUGACGAGACCCUGAUUGAAUUCUGUACACAAACCUUCGUCGAGCUUGACUCGUUUGCCGAAGAUGCAAACUGGGCAAGACAUUCCAAGAAGCCCAUAUUCAAGAGCACCGCCCAAUUCUUCACUCGCAUCUUGGCAUUUUGCAAGAUGCUUGAUAACCUUCCCCACGACCAAGCAUUCUCCCAGCUUAUCGUCACCCAAAUGGACACGUAUGCCCAGAAAUGCAAGGGCUGGUACAAGGCUCUUGUCAGCCGCUCAAAACCCACAGCUAGUGGUCGUCUCAUGAGAGCUCCAGCUGUCUGGGCUGAGUCGGAUGCCAUGGAAGAACUCAUUGCUCGUCUGGAGCAAGUUGAUCCCUCUGACCAUGCAAGUAUGAAUCAAGCCGUCGAGAGCGAAGUCGCCCUUCUCAUCGAAGCCGUCGAGGCCGAAGAGCCCUUGGACCAGAUUGACAUGAUCCAAGACAAGAAGAGCAUCAUCAAUCUAUGUUUGCUGUACACCAGCAUGAAGUGGCUGGCUACCAAGACGGCACAGCUGAGGUACAUUAGUGAUCGUGCCUCGGAUCCAGUCAACAUGGAGUCUGGCGGCCAGAAGCACAACAGGCGAUGGACCAAGCUCGCUUCUUCUGACCCAAGACCUCAAGGUGCUCCUGUCUAUCUGCCGUUGAGCACAGACACUGCUGCCUGGUUCGAUGCAGUAGUAGCGAGCUACCAGUCUCUUUCCACCCGUGCUCUACGCACUCUGCAUCUUUCCAUCCGCAGUACAAUCCUGUACUCACUCAACACGAGUACGCAAUCAAACGUCUACAUCGACACGCUUCUCAACGAUCCUGACCCAGCCAUUCUCGCUCUCAACUCUACGCUUGUGUCUUUCGACACGGAAGUCUCGACUUACAUCCCCGCAAACUCAUAUAGCCACAUCACGCGCGGUUUGGCGGCGUUGAUGGACAGGUACCUUUUCACUCUCUGCACGUCCAAGAUUGAACGCAUGAACAGCAAUGGCUGUGCCCUCAUGCAGCUCAACAUUCUCGUCCUGCAACAAAACUUGAAGAACAUCGAGGAGGGUGCAGCCCUUCCUUAUGCUGCGCUCUUCUUUGACUUGUUUACCGCGGGCCCAGAGGCGAUCGUCGCAAGAGCACGGCAGUAUGGCAAGGGCUUUGGGGUUCCAGGAGAGAGGUUUGGAGAAGGAGACGUGAAGAAACUGCUACAAAUGACGUAUGAAGAGAAGUUGAACGCCGAGAACAGAGAAGCCAGUGUGCAAGCAAAGCGGUCGCUCGAUGCACAGCUGUUAGAGCUGAGCGAGUUCUUUUAUUAGCCGGUGGGUGGCAGGAAAAUGGUAGUAGUAUAGGACGCUGCCGAAGAAAGCGGAAUAGAAAAUUCCCAAUCCAGUACCAACCGUCGCGGGCUCUAUCGUAUCUUCGGGGACUCGUACGCAGUCGUCACAUGGGAAAUCCGAGGCAAGAAGCCCUCUCUCUCUCUCGCAACGGCAUUGCAUGGAGCGUCAAAGCACGAGCCUGUUGGCUUCUGAUGUGCUAAAAGGUCGGCGAGGUAGCAAAUCUCCCCACCAUUCAGCGGCCGUGCGCCUCCAACGUCGCCGAGCCGACAGGGAUCCGGCGACCUCAGCUGUCAGCAGAGCCCACUCGAGGCUGAGGUUUUUCUGCAAUCCAGCCUGGACUCUUGGCACAAUGUAAAUUGUUCUUAGCAUUUUCCGCGAGCCUCUUAUCACAGUAUGGGACUCCGAAG